UGUAAUGGAGAAAGGUGAACGCUUUUCAGAGUACCUGUUCGUGAAGAUGGGCCCAGGAGAUAGGGGCCCGAAGACUACAGAAGACCGGACGGCAGUGGUAGAUCACACCGGUGUAAAGAAAUGGUUUAUAGACAACACUCUACUUGUGAUCACUUUGGCUGGAGUUUUAGCUGGAAUUUCAGUUGGUUUCGGUCUUCGUCCCUAUAAUCUUGGUCCAGAUGCGUUAAUGGUUAUAUCGUAUCCGGGAGAAUUAUUCAUGAGGCUUUUAAAGCUUAUGAUUUUGCCUCUUAUAAUUGCCAGUCUCAUUGCUGGUUCUGCGAGUUUAAAUGCUCGGAUGAGCGGAAAGAUCGCUGUGAGAACAUUGCUGUUUUUCAUACUGACUUCCAUGUUUAAUGCAUUCCUUGGUAUAUCACUGGCUAUGUUGAUUCAUCCCGGACAACCAGACUUAAAAGAUGAUUCUAUUGCUACCUUUGAAAACAAAAGGGACCACAGCAUUUUAGACAGUCUUCUAGAUAUUGGAAGAAACAUUUUUCCGGACAACAUUGUACAAGCUGCGUUUCAACAAGCGCAUACAGUUUAUACGGAAACUAAAACAAAUUUUCCGAAAAAUGAAAAUGUCACUGGUAAUUACCGAGUCCUAGUUCGAGAUAUUAGAUACAGGUCAGGCACUAAUACCUUGGGUCUGGUGUUCUUUUGUCUUGUCUUCGGUAGUUUGUUGGGUACUUUAGGACCGAAGGGUAAAGUGAUAAUUGACUUCUUCCAAGCCAUUUUCGAAGUGAUAAUGAAAAUGGUGACAGGAGUAAUGUGGUUUACACCGAUCGGGGUCAGCAGCGUAAUCGCUGGAAAAAUACUGGGAGUUACAAAUGUUGGGCAAGUAAUGUCUCAACUAGCCUGGUUCAUCGCUACGGUCACAAUCGGAGUAUUCCUAUACCAGUUAAUUGUGAUGCAAUUGAUAUACUUCAUAUUCCUAAGACGAAACCCGUACAAGUUCUACUGGGGAUUAUCUCAGGCGAUGUUGACUGCGUCCGCUACGGCUUCAACAGCCGCAGCCCUUCCUGUGACAUUCCGCGCAAUGGAGGGUCCGCUGCGCAUCGACCCACGUAUCACGCGUUUCGUGCUGCCCAUCGGCUGUAACAUCAACAUGGACGGCACGGCGCUGUUCCUCGCCGUUGCAAGCGUCUUUAUCUGCCAGAUGAAUAGUAUGGGACUGGGAUUCGCGCAGCUCACUGCUAUAUUUCUAACGUCGACCGCCGCGUCCGUGUCGUCGGCGUCCGUGCCGUCGGCGGCGAUGGUGCUGCUGCUGGUGGUCCUGGCGGCGGUCGACGCUCCCACUCACGACGUUUCUUUACUAUUCGCGGUUGAUUGGCUCGUGGAUCGUAUUAGAACCACUAAUAACAUGUUGGGCGACUGUUACGCAGCGGCGGUUGUGGAACAUCUGUCCAAGAAUGAGCUAAUGGCUUGUGAUGCUGCUUCCAUGGAUCCGUCACUCCCCAAUGGCUUGCCGACAUCGAACACGGAAGUGGAGAUAGGUAUCAUAACGCCUAAAAAGUCAAUUGCUUCCGAUGACGUCAUUGUCGACAUGCAUUUACACAACACUAAUAGGAUAUAGUUCAACUUUAGUAUUAUUAAUAUUUGUAUUAAUUUUAACUUUACAGGAAAUACGUAUUAUUUACCAAAAAUGUAAACAAUUAUAUUAUUAUUACCACCAACCACAUCAUGUAUCACUUCACCUUCAUUACUUUUAGUAUUCUCGUCAAUUUUUAAAUGAUCAUCUAAAAUGACAUGCACCAAUUUUUUAUUGUUAUAUAUAUUUAAAAACAUUUUUUCUUUUCAAAAUAUAACCAAAUCCUCAGUUGGUGGAAGUUUUCACCAGCUGAUCAAUAAGGAAUAAUAGCUGUUAUAGAAUUAUCAUGUUAUUAGUAUUUUAAGAAAAUGAAACCAUAGUUAAGAUUAAUUUUUACCUAUUCGUAGGAAAUUGUCAAUAAAGAUUGCUCACAAUAUGAAAUCACGUUAUAAAAAUGCACGAUAUAUUUAAAACAGCUGUAAAGAUAGCGAAGCAUGCAUUAUUUGAUUUUGUAAUCGGUGUUUAAAAUUUCCAGCAAAAUCAAAAAAUGAGUCAAUCAGAUUACGAAUUAGUAAGAUAGAGAAUGAAAAGAAAUUUGUCUACUAAUUAUAAGACCGUGCCUCGGAAAGCACGUUAAGCCUACGGUCGCACCGUCGGUCCCGCUUGAUAUCAUGCACAUCUGAUAGUGAUCUCACAGUAGAUAAUAUAUAUUAAAUUUGCCAACCCGCAUUGCAGCGGCGCGGCGUGAUGGAUUAACCUCUGAUCCUUCUCCUACAUGGGGAAAGAUGCCUAUGCCCAGCAGUGGGAUGUUACAGGCUGAAGCGAAUUAUAAGACAUAAUUGUCAAACAGUUCGGUCUUGGAGAAUAAUUGGUAAAACGACAAAUAUUGUAUUAUUUAUAAGAGUAGAAUUUGAUUAACAUGAAAUGUUUAUGGGAUUUAAUAUGUCAAUCAUUUACACCGACAUCUUCAGAAUAUUUCAAUUUUUUUUUUUCAAAAUUGUCAUGACGAUGAAUUCAGAUAUCCAUUAAAAAAUUUACGAUAUUCAGUUGUUAAACUAUCCCUUUCAAUAAAUUAUACCUCGGCCUAAAAUAGCAUACAUUUAAUUAUUUAUAUUUCGUAUAAAAUACAAAAAGCUGACUAUAUGUAGACUGUGCCAUAAUCAAUUUCAAUAUAGUAUAGUAUAGUAGAAUAAUACUAAAUUUAGAAUAUCCUUUAUCGAAAUAGAUCAGUACCAAUUUUUUAAUAGCAGUAAUCUUGACGCCUAUAUCAAUAAAUUAUAGGGUUGGAUCAUUAGUUGUUAAUUCUUCACCUAUUCCAAAUAUGCCAUCUUUGUUAAAUGUUUUAAGUUAUUUAGACAGAAAUUCUGAUGCACGAUAGAUAAAAUUAAAUCCAGUAAAUAUAGGUAUUUUUAAUAAUUAAUCAUUUUUAUCACUGUAAUGAUUGGAUUCUGUUACACCAAAUAUUUAUUAAAUUUAUUUAUUUUGCAAAUGAAACAUUUGAUAAAAUAAACAGUUAUUUCAUUUUGAUUAAUUUUUAGUGACAUCAGAACAUCCUUCAAAGUUGAUUUUCGUAUUGCUUAAUAAAGGAGAAGUUUCGACCGUUUGUAUUGUUGAUGCAUAGCAUUUGUAGAUUAAGUGUAUUAUUAUUGUAUUUUAAUUAAUGGAAUAAUUUUACUUUAAAUAGACAUAUAUGUAUCGGCCUUGUAGUUAACUGGAACUUACGUUGGUAUCUUUUAUUUCAUUUAUUUUUCAAAAUUGUUUAUGAUAUCAAUUUUAUAAUCUUGUAAAACGUCAAAACUUAACACUUGAGAUUUACUGUUUGAAUAUUGGUGCUAAAUAUUUGGAUUUAUUUUCUAUGUUAUAUUUAUGAGCCCUGUAUUGAAAUAAUUCAUUUAUAAGUAGCGUUAGAUCCAACUGUGAUAUGUGGUUCAUUAUAAUAUACGUUUUCAGCGUCUCUUCAUAUCGAGACGUUAGCAGUAAUAUAGAUGUAAUGUUUAAAAAAUAUUUCAUAUGGGAUUCUCGCGAUUAUUAUCACAGAAAUAAAAACGAUGAUCAAUUUUA